UUCCCUGGACCGUGAUGUGUGGGCGGGAUGACAUGCCCUGUCAUCUGGCCACACCCCCGGGAUCACUCAACAGUUCCGCCUCCUCACCGGUGAUUGGCUGUCGGAACUGUAGCUCAGGAGAGGCACACAGGCGGCCAUUCACCAGCGAGGAGGUGGAGCUUGGAGAGGAGGAGCCAAGUGGCAGCGUGAACAUCAAAGAAGAUUGAGUGAGGGAGUGGCCGGAGAAGGAAGACAACUGACCGGUAAGUGAGGGAGCGAGCCCAGACUGGAGCAAGGUUCAGCAAGGUAAGUAUCAU